AUGCCGAGAGCAAGCCGCCGCGUCCCGGAGCUUCCCGGGUCUCCUGGUGGAGCCCGGGACGACGAGGAGGAUGGAGGGGAAGUGGCCUCCGGAGACGUACGGAAGGAUACAUCUAACAUGUCAUUUGAGGAGCUGUUGAAAUUGCAGAGCAAAGUGGGAACUAAGACUUACAAACAAUUGGUAGCUGGAAACAGCACUAAGAAGCACGGUUCUAGACCACCUGUCCAAAAUGCAUGUGUCGCAGAUAAGCAAAGGCCUCUGGAAAUGUCAGCCAAGGUCCGGGUGCCAUUUUUGCGUCAAGUUGUUCCCAUCAGUAAGAAGGUAGCCCGAGACCCCCGCUUUGACGAUUUGUCAGGGGAAUAUAAUCCUGAAGUGUUUGACAAAACGUAUGAAUUCCUGAAUGACAUCAGAGCCAAAGAGAAAGAGCUUGUGAAAAAGCAACUGAAGAAGCACCGUUCAGGGGAGGAGCAUGAGAAGCUGCAGCUGCUGCUUCAGCGAAUGGAGCAGCAAGAAAUGGCACAGCAGGAGCAAAAGCGGCAGCAGGAGCUGCACCUGGCCCUGAAGCAGGAGCGGCGGGCUCAGGCCCAGCAGGGCCAUCGUCCAUACUUCCUGAAGAAAUCUGAGCAGCGCCAGUUGGCCCUAGCUAAAAAAUUCAAGGAGCUGAAACGCAGCAAGAAGCUAGACAGCUCCUUGAGUCAAAAAAGGCGCCGAAACGCAGGCAAGGACAGGAGACAUCUCCCUUUGAACAAAGUCUAAUGAGGAAUUGUCCUCAGCUCUGCC